GGCCUCUGUUCACAGAGGAUCUGUCACCUGACUCGUCCCAAACAUGGCUGCGCUGGAAGCUCUUUUGCUUUGGGCGCGGGGAGCAGGAGGUGCUCCACGAAUGAGAAAAUUGAGGAUGUGUUCCGCAUAACUCAUCUCUGUCUAUCUCCCUGCACUCUGUGCUGGGAAAAUGAAUCAUCCAUUUGGAGAAGAAGAAACUGCUACCUUGAAACAGCUUUUGGGGUUUUUCUGUGAGUGCCUGCGGAGGGGAGAAUGGGAGCUGGCACAGGCAUGUGUACAUCAGCUACACGAAGGGCACGGGGAUAUCCCAAAGAGGGUGGAAGACAUACUUCGGGCACUGGUGCUGUGUCCAGAUCUGCUGAGAUGUGAGCAGGACAUCAGCCCUCAAAGAUUAGCCUGGCUCUGGCUACUAGUACUAGAAAAAUGGUUGGCCCAGGAAAAGAAGUUACUCCCUGCCAUCAUCCGGAGAAAGCUUGAGUUUCUUUUUUUGACUGAAGACCUCCAAGGUGACAUUCCAGAGGACAUCCUCAAGGAGCUGUAUGAGACCUUAGCACAAGAUGCAAUAGGCCCUGUGUCUGACAGAAGUCUGAGAGGCGAGAACUCGAGCCCUCGACUCAGCUCUGAAGCUGUCUCUGUGCUCUGGGAUCUUCUGAAACGGGCUCCCCAGCCAGCACAGGCCCUGUUGGAGCUCCUGCUGGGCAAUGAUGAUAGCACCAGCCUCUAUCACCCACUUCUGCAGAAGGACCUGGUGGACCUCAUUCGAAAAGCACUGCAGUCUCUUCAGGGCCAAGACUCUGGGUCCCCUGAAGUAGUUGAUGCCAUCUAUAUGGCCCUGCAGACUCUGCGUUGCCCUAUAGAGCCACCAGGGCUUGAGUUGCGUGUCCUGUGUGAGGAACUGCUAGAAGCCUACUGGACUGAGGGGAGUCCCCUGCAAGAGGAGCGGCUGCUGGGCUGCCUGCUACACAAAUCUCGACAGGGCCUGCUGUCCCUCUACAGCCAGACCUAUGCAGAGAAGGUCAUAGAAAAGUCAUCAAGAGCUACAACCUCUGGAAAAGUCUCACCAGAUCAUCCAGAUCCCGAGCGGGCAAUGCUGGCCGUGUUCUCCAUGCCCGAUCCCACCCAGGCUUGGAAAGUGGCCUUUUUCUACUGCCUAAGCAAUAGCAAACAUUUCCUGGAGCAGAUCCUGGUAACAGCACUAGCUCUGCUGAAAGAGGAAGAUUUCCCAAGCCUUGGUUGCCUGCUCGAUAGGGAAUUCAGGCCUCUUGGUCACCUGCUCGUGCUCCUGGGCUGGACACACUGCCAGAGCCUUGAGUCAGCUAAGAGGCUGCUGCAGACACUCUACAGGACUCAGGACCAAGACUGUGAUGAGCUCCUCAGGGAUGCCUGUGAUGGAUUGUGGGCUCACCUGGAGGUCCUGGAGUGGUGUGUACAACAGAGCAGUACCAUACCAAAGAGAGAUCUUCUAUGUCAUUUACAUGGUGGAGACAGCCAUUCAGUGCUCUACACUCUCCAUCACCUUACAAAUCUCCCAGCCCUCAGAGAGGAAGAGGUUCUCAAGCUCUUACAGAAGGUGCCAGCCAAGGACUCCCAGCAAGAACGAGACUCUGCUGAUGCCCCAGUCCCUGAGCAUCAGAGCCAGGCUCAGAACGUGACCCUUUAUCAGGGUUUCUGUGCCAUGAAGUAUGCUAUCUAUGCCCUCUGUGUGAACUCACACCAGCACUCCCAGUGCCAGGACUGCAAAAACAGCUCCUCUGAGGACGUGGCCCUGGCUGCAGAGACAGCAAAUGACUCUCUCUCCUCCCCAGGUGCUUCACAUCUCUUCACAAAAUACCUAUCCAGGUGUCAACAGUAUCUGUGCAGUAUCCCUGAUUCUUUAUGUCUGGAACUUCUGGAAAACAUCUUCUCACUGCUCCUUAUCACUUCUGCUGACCUUCGCCCAGAGCCUCACCUGCCUGAAGACUAUGCUGAGGAUGAUGACAUUGAAGGAAAAGGUCCCGUGAGCUUGAGGUCUCCAUCAGAGAGCCCUCAGCACAUAGCACAGCCUGAGAGGAAAUCAGAACAGGGUCCAGUGGCAGCCCCCAGGAUUCUUGCUCCUAUAAUGCCAAGUUGUCUGAAGUCAGAGUCAAAAGACCAUUCCCCAGGGCCUCAUGGGCACAGCUUUUUGGAUCUAAAGCACUUUACUAGUGGUGUCAGUGGAUUCCUGGCCGAUGAGUUUGCAAUAGGGGCCUUCCUCAGGCUUCUGCAGGAGCAGCUAGAUGAGAUCAGCAGCCACAGCCCCCCUGAAAAGGCCCAGUUGCUAGAAGACCAGAGCCACUCAGGAAGCAGAGAUGGACUGCAGAGCCGCCUGCACCGGUUUUCCAAGGUCCUCUCUGAAGCCCAGUGGAGAUAUAAAGUGGUAACAAGCAACCAGGUCUCAGAGGAACAACCAUCCCGAAGAUAUCGGCCUGUUGCUCCUCGGUGCUCUAGCCUUCGCCGGGGUCGUCGGACAAGACGGAGCCGUGCAGAUGGCCGGGACAGAAGUUCCAAUCCAUCCCUGGAAAGUACAAGUAGUGAGCUGAGCACAAGUACUUCAGAGGGGAGUCUGAGCACUGUCUCUGGGAGGAAUGAGUUAGAUGGCCGGUUGCAGCCUCAACCUCAAAGUUCACUCAUCCCCAUGAUGUUCUCUCCACCUGAGUCACUGCUGGCAUCCUGUAUCCUUCGAGGAAACUUUGCAGAAGCCCAUCAGGUGGUGUUCACAUUCAACCUGAAGUCCUCACCCAGUGCAGGGGAACUGAUGUUCAUGGAGCGUUACCAGGAAGUGAUCCAGGAGCUGGCCCGAGUAGAGCACAAGAUUGAAAACCAGAACUCAGAUGGGGGUAGCAGCACCAUUCGGAGGACUGGAAGUGGCCGCUCAACUCUACAGGCUAUUGGCAGCGCUGCCGCAGCAGGGAUGGUAUUUUACUCUAUUUCGGAUGUGACUGACAAGCUUCUUAGCACCUCUGGAGACCCUAUUCCUACGCUCCAGGAAGACUUUUGGAUAAGCACUACUGUAAUGGAGCCCACCGCUCCCUUGAGAGGGGUUCUGGAAGACCUCAGUCCCCCUGCCAUGGCUGCAUUUGACCUAGCUUGCUCUCAGUGCCAGCUCUGGAAGACCUGUAAGCAGCUUUUGGAAACAGCCGAACGGCGUCUGCACAGUAGCCUUGAAAGCCAGGGUCGACGGCUAGACCAGGUACUCCUCAAUACUGAAGGUAUUCAAGGUUUUCCAGUUGUUCUUCAGCAAAUCACUAAGAUUCUCAAUUGUCCACUUAUAUUAGCUGGACAAACUAAAUCAGAGACUGUGGAAGAAAAGGGAGGAGGCCCUCCCCGCUACAGCAUCACUGAGCUGCUUCAGAUGUGCUGGCCCAGCCUAACCGAGGACUGUAUUGCCAGCCACAUCACCCUCUCCCAGCAGUUGGAUCAGGUUCUUCAGUCGCUGAGAGAAGCACUUGCACUGCCAGAGUCUAGGAGUACUCCACUGUCUUCCCUGGUGGAACAGGCAGCCCAGAAAGCUCCUGAGGCAGAGGCCCACCCUGUGCGUAUCCAGGCUCAGCUCCUCCAAAAGAACCUGAGCAAACAGACCGUGGCAGACAGCAGACAGACUGACUAUGUGGGCACCUUCUUCAGUUACUGCCACACACUGGCUGCAGUGCUUCUUCAGAGUUUGAACUCUGAACCUGAUCAUGUGGAAGUCAAGAUAGGAAAUCCCUUUGUUCUUCUACAACAGAGCUCUUCCCAACUGGUGUCACAUCUCCUGCUUGAGAAACAAGUUCCCCCUGACAGGUUGGCAGCCCUUCUGGCCCGAGAGGGUCUCAGCCUAAGUGUGCCACAGGUCAUUGUCAGCUGCUGUUGUGAGCCACUUACUCUUUGUUCUUCUCUACAAAGCCAGCAGACAUCAUCCCUUCUGAACCACCUGGGAGUCCUGGCCCAGCAGCACACCUCCCACUGCCUGAAUGAUCUCCCCCUUUCUAUGCCAAGUUCCCCUCAGCCAACUGAGAAUUUCACAUUGGAGAGAAAGUCCCAUUCUUCCCCAAAGGACUCAUCGCUUCCAGCUCUUACCUCCUCUGCCUUGUCCUUCCUUAAGUCCUGCUCAAAACUUCUGGCCACAGUGGCCUGCCUGGGGGCUUCCCCAGGAACGAAGGUCAGCAAGCCCAGCUUGUUGUGGAAGGAGCUGCGUGGUCACAAGGAGAUGCCUAUGACUGCAGAGCAGGUAGCCCAGGAGUGUGACCACCUCCUGGAACAGUUCCCUACGCUCAAGGCCUCCCUCUUGGCAGCCUGGGAGCCCCUACGCAGGCCCUCUGAGGAAGGGAAAAGUCUGGCAUCCAGUCUUUGUGGUCAGGCCAGUCUCUCUACUGUGCUCCUGGGCCUGCAUUCUCCCACUGCCCUGGAUGUACUGACCAAGGCCUUUGAGGAAGCCCUGGUGACCAGAGAUUGGCUACGGGCCCUACAGUUAACUGAAGUGUACGGGCGAGAUGCAGACGAUCUGAGUGGCAUAAGGGAUGCAGUCCUGAGCUGUGCUGUGGCAUGUGACAAGGAAGGUUGGCAAUACCUAUUUCCUAUAAAGGAUGCAUCUCUGAGAAGUCAGCUGGCCCUACGGUUUGUGGACAGGUGGCCCCUGGAGUCGUGCCUGGAAAUCCUGGCCUACUGCAUUUCAGACACAACUGUCCAAGAAGGACUAAAGUCUGAGUUGCAGAGGAAGUUGGCAGAGCUUCAGGUGUAUCAGAAGAUUCUAGGCUUGCAGGAUCCCCCAGUGUGGCAUGACUGGCAGACCCUCAGGAGCCGCUGUGUUGAGGACCCAUCAUCUGUCAUGAACAUGAUUCUAGAAGCACAGGAAUAUGAGCUGUGUGAGGAGUGGGGCUGCCUCUACCCCAUUCCAAGGGAACACUUAAUCAGCCUACAUCAAAAGCAUCUUCUCCACCUUCUAGAAAGAAGAGAUCAGGAAAAGGCUCUGCAACUCCUGCAGAGAAUCCCUGAUACCACCAUGUGCCUUGAGGUCACAGAGCAGUCCCUUGACCAGCAUCCUAGCUUGGCCACUUCACACUUCUUGGCCAACUACCUCACCACCCACUUCUAUGGAGAACUGACUGACGUCCGACACUGUGAAAUCCAGGCACUGUACAUGGGAUCCAAGGUUCUGCUGACCCUGCCUGAGCAGCACCGGGCUAGCUAUUCCCAUUUGUCCUCCAGUCCUCUGCUUAUGUUGGAGCAGCUGUUGAUGAACAUGAAAGUGGAUUGGGUCACUGUGGCUGUACAGACCCUGCACCAGCUGCUGACCAGGCAGGAGAUUGGCUUCACCAUGGAUGACGUUGACUUGCUGCUUUCCAGAUAUGCAGGCAAAGCCCUGGACUUCCCAUACCCUCUGAGAGAGAAACGAUCAGAAUCUGUGAUUCAACUCCAGGAAAUUGUCCAUCAGGCUUCAGAUCCUGAGACCCUGUCUAGAUCAUCAUCAGCAGAGUUCUCUGCGGCUACUGCUCCUGGUGUUUCCCUUGUAAAUUCCCCCAGUCCAAGGGAGAGGAGUUUCCCUCAGAGUCAGCCACUGCUAGAAUUUGUGCCACCAGCAACACCCCCUGCCAGGCACCAGUGGAUACCGGAUGAGAGCGAGAGCCUCUGCAUGGUCUGCUGCAGGGAACAUUUCACUAUGUUUAACAGGCGUCAUCAUUGUCGCCGCUGUGGCCGGCUAGUGUGUGGUUCCUGCUCCACCAAGAAAAUGGUGGUGGAAGGCUGCAGAGAGAACCCUACCCGCGUGUGUGACCAGUGCUACAGUUACUACAACCAAGAUACACCAGAGGAGAAUCCAGGUCAAUUAGAAGUGCCAGACAGCUCUAAGAGCGAAAGCCCCCCAUAUUCAGCUGUGGUGAGAGUCCCCAAAGUGGCUGAAGUGGAAUGGAUUUUGAGUCUGAAUGAGGAGGAAAAUGAGCUGGUGCGGAGUGAAUUUUACUAUGAGCAGGCCCCCAGUGCCUCCUUGUGCAUUGCCAUCCUGAAUCUCCACCGGGACAGCAUUGCCUGUGGCCACCAGCUAAUUGAGCACUGCUGCAGGCUAUCCAAGGGCCUCACCAACCCAGAGGUAGAUGCAGGGCUGCUCACAGACAUCAUGAAGCAGCUACUCUUCAGUGCCAAGAUGAUGUUCGUCAAGGCUGGCCAAAGCCAAGACUUGGCUCUUUGUGACAGUUACAUCAGCAAGGUAGAUGUACUGAAUAUUUUAGUUGCUGCUGCCUAUCGCCAUGUGCCAUCUCUAGAUCAGAUCUUGCAGCCAGCUGCAGUAACCAGGCUAAGGAACCAGCUUCUUGAAGCAGAGUACUACCAAUUGGGUGUUGAGGUCUCUACAAAGACUGGGCUUGAUUCCACUGGGGCGUGGCAUGCUUGGGGCAUGGCCUGCCUCAAAGCUGGGAAUCUCACUGCUGCACGGGAGAAAUUCAGUCGCUGUCUGAAGCCCCCUCUUGACCUCAAUCAGCUGAGUCAUGGCUCAAGACUGGUACAGGAUGUGGUUGAGUACCUGGAGUCCACAGUGAGGCCCCUCAUUUCCUUGCAAGAUGAUGAUUACUUUGCCACCCUGAGGGAACUGGAAGCUACCCUUCGGACCCAGAGCCUCUCCCUGGAGGUGAUUCCCGAAGGGAAGAUUAUGAACAAUACCUACUACCAAGAAUGCCUCUUCUACCUGCAUAACUACAGCACCAACCUGGCCAUCAUCAGUUUCUAUAUGAGGCACAGCUGCUUGCGGGAAGCCCUGCUUCACCUCCUCAACAAGGACAGUCCUCCAGAAGUAUUUAUAGAAGGCAUUUUCCAGCCAAGCUAUAAAAGUGGGAAGUUACACACUUUGGAAAACUUGCUGGAAUCCAUCGAUCCAACCUUGGAGAGCUGGGGCACAUACCUGAUUGCCGCCUGCCAACAUUUACAAAAGAAGAACUACUACCACAUUCUGUAUGAGCUGCAGCAGUUUAUGAAGGACCAAGUCCGGGCUGCCAUGACCUGUAUUCGGUUCUUCAGUCACAAAGCAAAGUCAUAUACAGAACUGGGAGAGAGGCUCUCAUGGUUGCUUAAGGCCAAGGACCACCUGAAGAUCUACCUCCAAGAAACAUCCCGCAGUUCUGGAAGGAAGAAAAAUACCUUCUUCCGAAAAAAGAUGACAGCAGCAGAUGUAUCCAGGCACAUGAAUACACUUCAGCUACAGAUGGAAGUGACCAGGUUCCUGCAUCGGUGCGAAAGUGCCGGUACCUCUCAGAUCACCACUUUGCCUCUGCCAACCCUUUUUGGAAAUAACCACAUGAAAAUGGAUGUUGCCUGCAAGGUCAUGCUGGGAGGGAAAAAUGUAGAAGACGGUUUUGGAAUUGCAUUCCGUGUUCUGCAGGACUUCCAGCUUGAUGCUGCAGCAACCUACUGCAGAGCUGCCCAGCAGCUGGUGGAGAAGGAGAAAUACAGUGAGAUCCGACAGCUGCUCAAAUGUGUCAGUGAGUCAGGCAUGGCAGCCAAAAGUGAUGGGGACACCAUCCUCCUCAACUGUCUGGAAGCCUUUAAGAGAAUCCCACCACAGGAACUGGAAGGCCUGAUCCAGGCAAUACACAGCGAUGACAACAAGGUUCAGGCCUACCUGACGUGUUGCAAGCUGCGAUCUGCCUACCUGAUUGCCGUGAAGCAAGAACACUCACGGGCCACCACCCUCGUUCAGCAGGUGCAGCAGGCUGCCAAGAGCAGCGGGGAUGCCAUAGUGCAAGAUAUCUGUACCCAGUGGCUUCUGACAAGCCACCCCCGGAGUGCCCUUGGCUCAGGCUCCAGGAAGUGACCCUGGGCAGCAAGACCAGGAAGACAUAGCAAAAGAACCGUGGCGACAGGAGUGAUAACCUCCACCUCUCUCCUCCCGUGGAGUGGGACUUCUCUGGCUCUGCCCCAGGUUGGAAAGAGUUGGAUUGGACCCUACUUGCCUUCCAGCAAGGACAGGACUUUUCACGCAAGUGCCAUGUUUCUGUAAAAUUGUGGGAUCUGUGUGUUCGUCUGGAGAUGGCCAGUUCUUUCUACCUCAGAAUGAGUGAGUGUGUGUACACAGGCAUGUACACACAUGCGUGCAUGCUCCUGUACACUCAUGUUUACGCCCAAGCAUUUUCAAAUGAGACUCUCUCCCAUUAGAGGCACUUUCCUUUAGAUUUUUGCCAGUCUGAAAUCCUUCCCUGCGUUUUGGUUCUUAACCCGGGUCAUCCUGUUUGUACACAGUCCCCUCCACAUGGUGAUGCUUUAGUAGCUCCUCUUAACUAGAGGAGUUUUACACAGAAUUAUAGGGCAACACCAAAAGUAUUGCUUCUUUCCCCUUUCUUUCCUUCCUGAAAUUCAGAGAUGGCUUUGGGGCAAGUGCUACCUAUGGAAUAAAACUGCUUGCCGAGUGUCUCCUCUCAUAAGCACAAGGAGUUCACAUAGGUCUUUGGAAGGUAACCUGAAUAGAGGUCUUUCAGGUAGUGAUGUCCAAAACCUCUGACAGCAAUACAGGUGAUCAGGUCUGUGGGCUAAUGCACACACCUGAGGGUCCUUGUCACAUUGAUCCAGAGGGAAGGAAAAGGCAGGCCUCUCCAAACAGGUAUGCAGGAUGGUUACUCACAAGCACAGAGCUGGCUCUUAUUGGUAUCCCUGCUACAAAGUUGAUGGGUGAAAGAUUGUGGCUCCCUCUCUGAGAGUCUGGGAAGAGUAAUGGUAGUAAGGGUCCUAGGACUGAAUGGCUAGACUUUACCUAUUUGAAUUCCAGUCCUGUUUGUGCCUCUUGAAUUGAUUAAGAAACCAUUUCCCUUUUUCUUCUUCUCCCUUCAGUCUUUCUGGGACCACUGGAUGGAUACUCAGACACCUGGGUCACUAAGACAGCAGUGCACUUAUCAGUCUUAACAGAGGGAAUCGGGGAUUCACUUUCGAGUUUAGCCUGUGGGCAAGGGUCAGAACUAGGGAGCCAGGUAUGGGGGGCACACACCUUCAUUCCAGCUACACAGAAGCUUGAGGCAGGAGAAUCGCAAAUUCAAGGCUAACCUCAGCAACUUAGCAAGACCCUGUCUCAAGAUAAAACAAAAAGGACUGGUGAUGUAACUCAGUGGUAGAGUGCUUGCCUGGUAGCAUGUGUGAAAAAAAGUACCUAGUACCACAAAAAAAGAAGGAAGAGGAGAAAACAAGGGGACAAUAGGUUACAUCCAGUUAGUGGAAAACUAGGUAAAAUGCUUCUUGGCUUGUCUUCCCACCUGAGAUGUGGGAUAUUUGAGAAAGGGUUUGUCAUACUUAAUUACUUGGAUUUGCAAAUGAGAGGCCUAAAGAGAAGCCAUGCAGCCCUGAGUCUCCCACGAGCCAGAGCUCAGCCUAUUGAUCCCUUUUUUAAAGCUGAGAAAAACAGAAACUGGAAGUUGAAGUCAACAUCUCUGGUGCUUAGAAACCCUGUGGAAUUCCCUCUGAAAUGAAAUUUUUAAAGUAAAAUAAAUAAGUAUUAUGGAGAUCUGUCAGAUUGAAAGUUCUGGUCCUGUUAGAGAGGAGAAAGACUGUAAGGAAAAUACUAAAUUUUGGGGGGGGGGGUGAAGUAUGAGUAACUUUUCCUUCCUUGAGUCAUAGAACAUAUCUGACUGACUCCCAGGAAGGGCAUCUGCUUGCCCUUCUGAAUCUGCCCUUUUUGCACUGAACAUAAGCACUUUAUACAAAUGAGUCACAAAUCUUGCAGCCCUUAAUUUGGGGUGUUAAGACCAGAUUUUCCUGACUUUUUCCUCUAACUAGUUGAACUGUAAAAUAGUCAGCCAUUGACUAGACUGACAUAGAUGGGGUUAAAGGUCUUUGAGCAUCACGCUGUGGUCUCCAGCAAAAUAUUCUCCAGAGCAAAUGUAUGUGUUGAGGGGCUAAAUGUCUUACCACAAGCAAACCACAAUAAAGUGUCUAUCCAACUAGU